CCCCUCUGGGUACCCUGUGACCAUAGACGUCAUAAAGACAUUGCUGAUGUCAUAUCUAGUGGCCGGAAGUCGUUGUGGAUGCAAAGGAUGGCUGGGCUACUGAAAAAGACGACUGGCCUGGUGGGCCUGGCAGUGUCUCAAAAUCCACAUGAGCGUUUGAGAAUUCUGUACACGAAGAUCCUGGUGUCACUGCAAACCAUACCACAGGACGCCGCCUACAGGAAGUACACAGAGCAGCUGAUCAAUGAGAAGUUUAACCACGUCCAAACGGAGCCUGAUGCUGAGAAGCUGGAGAAGAAGAUAAACUGUGGACAGCUUGAAGAAGUUAUUUUUCAGGCGGAGUGUGAGCUGGCUCUCUCCAGGAAGAUGUCUGAGUGGAAACCAUGGGAGCCGCUGUUAGAAGAGCCUCCUGCCAACCAAUGGAAAUGGCCCAUCUGAAUUCACCUGUUUAUACAGCUCAUAUUAUACUGUCUGUGUGAAAUCCAUGCUUCUAAUGAAGUGCUGUACAAAUAAAAGUCUUGCAAAUA